AUGUCCAAUACCUAUCUUUUCGCUCUCCUCUUCCUUCUCCUCCCCAUAUCCUUCGCCCAACAAGCCGGCAACUUUUCCCUCAAACUCUCCACUUCCUCCUCUUCCUGCAUCAUCCUCUCUCAACUCACAAUCCCUUCCGCCGACUCGCCUGUCACACUCCAAGCGUCUAUCCCCAUCUGUUCCGACUCGUCCCCUUUGGCCGAUGACGGCUCAGGAGAGAGGAACGUCACUUGGCCUCUCGCCGAAGAAGGUUCGAGCGCGGCGAGUUCUUUAGCCAUCUAUGGAAACAUCGACAAAGGCGAUGGCGAUCUUGUCGAAGCGGGUUGUGUGAUGGAGCUCAGUAUCGACCAGGUGCAGUACCUGCUAGGUCGCGAUUUGAGCUGGAACCCGCAAGAUCAGCUCUGGGAUAACGGGGGGGAUGGGUAUGUUAUGAAUGGCACCACUGGCGGGACGUUGACUUGUAGCGAUGCUGUGGCCACCCUCUUGCCCGCCAACGCCCAGCUUCCCAACCCGUACAGGGUCAGCGCAGAUGACGAUGCGUGGAGCACUGCUAUCACCCUCGACACUUCUUCCGACAGCCCUAUCUCUGCCUCAGAAAGCUCCUCAGAGUCCUCAGCCUCGAGCGAGACUACGAGUUCUUCGAGCACGAGUGCCCAAAUCUCAAGGACGACUGUCACUUCGAGCAGCACGGCGUCUUCGGCAGAGUCGUCGGCUACGGAUGACGGUAGCGGUGAAAGUGGAACCUCGUCAUCGGCCCAGCAGUCGACCGCCUCGUCCUCUGCAAUUUCCACCUCGUCCUACUCCAGCUCCACCUCGGAGCAAAAUGAACUCACGGUCAAAACCAGUCAGACCAGCUCGAGCUUUGAUGCUGCCUCCAUUACAUCCAGUGAUAUCGUGGGGGUGGAAGCUUCGAGCAUUGCUUCCAGCUCGUCCAGUGUCUUGAGCAGCAGCUCCUCAUCAUCUACCGAAACAGUCCCCACCUCUGCAUCGACUACACUACCCUCGUCCACCCAAAAGGCUGUCACCACAACGGCCCCGAGCACUAGCGCAAGUAGCAACAGCGACGGGUCUUGUGUGCCGGUGACAAUUACACAAGUGCAAACUGUGACUGUCAGCGCUGGUUCCGAGAGGAGAUGGUGGAUGUAUAGGGACUGA